AUGCGCGCAGCUGACAAUUUCAUUCUUCUUAUAAAACUUCCUUAUGCGUUCAGUUUACUGAUGACACAUAAAUGUGAUGGUUGGGUGAAAAACGAUUUCGGAAAUAGUUAUAACAAGAAAAAUAUUGAUUUUACUCGGCUUCAACAAGACUGCAAAGCUCAAGAUAAGUUUGUGUGCAUACAAAUUCUUCUUCUUCUUCUUUGUCUUCUUGAGGCUGUUGCUGUUGGUCAGGAGAACAUUUACAAACGAGAACUAUUCAAAAACAUCAAGGAAGACGAAGAAGUUUAA